CAUACUGUCACUGUGCAGAGCAGCCGUCUAAUCUAACUGGAAAUCGUUCUAGUCGUUCCCUAAACUCACAAGGAGCAAAAUAUGGAAGGUAGGGAAGGGGUAUUCCGUGUUUUUUGUAUUGGAACGGCCGAUACAAAGCUGGAGGAGCUCCGAUUUCUAGCUGAUUCCGUUCGAUCCAAUCUGCACAGCUUUUCCAAGACUUCUUCCUUCAAGGUGCAGGUAACAAUCAUUGAUAUUUCUGUCGGUAAGAAGGAAACAGAAAGCUUUGGAGGAUUUCCUUUUGUAACAAGUAAGGAGGUUCUCUCUUGCUAUUUGAAGUCAGAUGAACAAUCAUCAAAGCUGCUCCCAGAUGACAGAGGCAAGGCCAUUGCUAUAAUGAGUGAAGCACUGGAACUUUUCCUUAAGAAAGCUCAUGAAGAUAAAGUUCUUGAUGGAGCUAUUGGCCUUGGAGGUAGCUGUGGAACAUCUCUAAUAUCCCCUGCAUUAAGAUCCCUUCCUGUUGGAGUACCCAAAGUCAUUGUGUCCACUGUAGCUAGUGGUCAAACUCAACCUUAUGUUGGGACAUCAGAUUUGAUACUGUUUCCAUCUGUGGUGGAUGUUUGUGGGAUUAACAGUGUAAGUCGGGCUGUGCUAUCUAAUGCUGGGUCUGCCUUUGCUGGAAUGGUGGUAGGAAGACUCCUGGGGUUCAGAAAUUCUGUUAAGAUGAAAGAAAAAUUUACAGUGGGUAUAACCAUGUUUGGGGUUACUACUCCAUGUGUAAAUGCUGUCAAGGAAAGACUUUCCAGAGAAGGCUAUGAGACACUGGUUUUCCAUGCCACUGGGGUUGGUGGAAGGGCUAUGGAAAAUCUAGUUAGAGGGGGAUUUAUACAGGGGGUUUUGGAUGUCACAACAACAGAAGUUGCAGAUCAUUUAGUUGGAGGUGUCAUGGCAUGUGACAGUUCCCGUUUUGAUGCUAUUAUAGAGAAGAAGAUCCCAUUAGUCUUGAGUAUUGGAGCACUGGAUAUGGUGAACUUCGGACCUAAAGAUACUAUACCUUCCAAGUUUGAGAAAAGAAUGAUUUACAAACAUAAUGACCAGGUUUUUCUUAUGCGAACUACGGCAGAGGAAAAUAAGAAAUUUGCUAGCUUUAUAGCAGACAAACUGAACAAGUCGUCAUCAAAAUUAUGUGUUUGCCUGCCAGAGAAGGGUAUUUCUGUUUUGGAUGCCCCUGGGAAGCCGUUUUAUGAUCCUGAGGCCACUAGGUCAAUUAUCAGUGAACUGGAGACGCUUAUUGAGACAAAUGAAGAUCGACAGGUAAAGACAUAUCCAUAUCAUAUUAAUGAUCCUGAGUUUGCAAAUUUGUUGGUCGACUCGUUUUUGGAAAUUAGUGCCAAGAACUCAAAAGACGAUUGUCCUCAACAAAAUGCUUCAGUUCAGCCCCAUCAAGAUCUCCAUGAGGAUUAUAUCUCUAAAGGGGAUUUGUCAGUGUCUAGAGCCAUUUGUUACAGCCCAGCAGAUUUCCCUGAUGCAAGACCAGAAACUUUACGAAGAACUCAAGCAAUAUUAGAACAGUUGAAAGAUCAAAUAAAUAAGGGUAUCCCCAUAAUAGGAGCUGGUGCAGGCACAGGGAUAUCAGCCAAGUUUGAGGAAGCAGGUGGUGUCGAUCUGAUAGUUUUGUACAACUCAGGACGCUUUCGGAUGGCAGGAAGGGGUUCCUUGGCAGGUCUGUUGCCCUUUGCAGAUGCAAACGCAGUGGUACUUGAAAUGGCUAAUGAAGUAUUGCCAGUAGUGAAGCAAGUACCAGUUCUUGCUGGAGUAUGUGGAACUGAUCCAUUUCGCCGAAUGGAUUACUUUCUAAAGCAGCUGGAAUCGAUAGGGUUUUCUGGUGUGCAGAACUUUCCUACAGUUGGACUUUUUGAUGGUAAUUUUAGGCGAAAUCUGGAAGAGACUGGAAUGGGAUACGGGUUGGAGGUUGAAAUGAUUGGAAAAGCACAUAGAUUGGGUCUCUUGACAACGCCAUAUGCUUUUAACCAAGAUGAGGCAAUUGCCAUGGCAAAAGUUGGAGCUGAUAUUGUAGUGGCACAUAUGGGGCUCACCACUUCAGGGUCUAUUGGCGCAAAAACUGCCAUCUCUUUGGAGGAAAGUGUUUCUCGUGUGCAAGCUAUUGCUGAUGCUGCACAUGGGAUCAACCCAGAUGUUAUUGUGCUCUGCCAUGGAGGUCCUAUAUCUAGUCCUAACGAGGCAGAAUUUGUACUGAAGAGAACAAAGGGUGUUCACGGAUUUUAUGGUGCUUCAAGCUUGGAGAGGCUACCAGUUGAAGAAGCUAUUACAGGCACAGUCAGAAAAUACAAAUCUAUUUCUAUUGAGUGAAACACAAUUUGUAUAAUGUUUCAUUUGAUGAGAUGUGAUGUGCAACUUGAGUUCACUAGAAUCUCAUUCCGAGAUAAUUCUUAGAUUUCAGAUCAAAAGUUGUUGAUAACAUGGUCCGGAAAAUGCAAAAGGUAUUAAUUGGUCAA